CUCGUGUUCUUUUGCACUACUCUACUUGUACUCACCUGUGAGUUCUGAAGCUCAACAAAUAAGUCAGAGUGCUAAAUAUCCAUACCCAAUUGCCCAAAUUAUAUAUAUCUAGACCCAGAAAUACUGAAAUGCUGGGCAAAGCUCCUGCUCCAGUAGUAAACCACCUAUGGCCAAAACGCAUUGACCCAGAAUGGAUGGUGGCUCAGCACCACUGCAGGUGUACUGUCCACCCCCAUCACAUUAGAAAAGGGGGAAUAAGUUGCAGUUUGGGUCAGAAAGCCAUGGAUAACUCCGCUGCUGCUUAUGACCUUAUGGAUGAUUUCAUUGUAUUGGGAGCAACCAAGAAUGACUCUUCUGUAGUCCGUGACUCUCCCAAAACCAAUACCAGAGAUAAUGACCGUCAACAGGCGGCAACUACUAGGAGAGUUGCCAAAGUUGGCAGAAGUUUUGGGAGAUUGAAAGUGCAAAGAGUGAAAUCUGUAGUGGAUAAAGCUUCUCGGGUGAAGCGAGACAUGGAUGAAAGUGAAAAUGAACUAGAUGUGCAGGAUACAUCACCAUUUAUCUCUACAAUUGAAGGUAUGGGGAAGAAGAAGAAAGCAAAUGCCAUGAGUCGUGGAGGAAGACUUUCAAAUCCUUCCAACUCACAUGAGUUUAGGGACGCAUUGCGUAAGAAGGAACCAACAGAUUACAAGGACAAUUCUAGAGUAACUACGAAAGAUUUUUUUGAGCCACUCCCAGAGAGUCGGCACAAACCAUAUAUGCGUCAGAAGCCUAACACCAUCGUAGAUCGACGAAAGGCUUCAGUUUCAAGAAAAGGAUGGGGUAGUGGAGGGUCCAUACGUGAAUCAUCAGAGUAUCCAGACCUAGACCAACGAAGGAGAGUGUCCAAUGAUGGUGGCUUUUUCAGUCGAAAAUCCUUUAGGGAUGUGGGAUGCAGUGAGUAUAUGAUUGAAUGUCUAAGGAAGCAGCUUUUCCAGCGUCCAUCACAUAUUCAGGCCAUGGCGUUUGCUCCAGUUGUUGCUGGAAAAACCUCUAUUAUAGCUGACCAAAGUGGAUCUGGCAAAACAUUGGCUUAUCUUGCUCCUGUCAUUCAGCGUUUAAGGGAUGAAGAACUUCAAGGACUGAGCAAGUCCUCAUCACAGAGUCCUCGAUUAGUUGUAUUAGUUCCGACUGCGGAAUUGGCUUCUCAGGUUUUGGGUAAUUGCCGAUCAAUAUCAAAAUUUGGAGUUCCUGUCAGGUCUAUGGUUGUAACAGGCGGUCAUCGACAGAAAACUCAGCUGGAAAGUUUGCAAGAAGGUGUUGAUGUUCUAAUUGCAACCCCAGGUCGAUUUAUAUAUCUAAUUAAGGAGGGCUUCUUGCAAUUGUCAAAUCUAAGAUGUGCUGUGCUGGAUGAGGUAGAUAUACUCUUUAAUGAUGAGGAUUUUGAAGCAGCACUGCAAAGUUUAAUCAAUUCCGCUCCUGUAACCACACAAUAUCUUUUUGUCACUGCAACUUUACCACUUGGCAUUUACAACAAGUUAGUUGAAGAUUUUCCUGAUUGUCAAGUGGUCAUGGCACCUGGAAUGCACCGGAUAAGCCCUGGCCUUGAAGAGGUACUUGUAGAUUGCAGUGGAGAUGAUCGGAGUGAAAAAUCUCCAGAGAUGGCAUUCACAAAUAAGAAAUCUGCUCUUCUACAGCUUGUGGAGGGAAGUCCAGUUCCCAAAACAAUAGUCUUUUGUAACAAGAUUGAGACAUGCAGAAAAGUUGAGAAUGUACUAUCACGCUUUGACAGAAGUGGAACUCGUGUUCAGGUUCUACCAUUUCAUUCUGCUCUGGCUCAAGAAUCACGGCUUGCAAACAUGAAGGAGUUCACCAAUUCUCAUUCAGAGAAAGUAGCACAGUUUUUGGUCUGCACUGAUAGAGCAUCACGUGGAAUCGACUUUCCUGGUGUGGAUCAUGUUAUACUCUUCGACUUCCCUCGCGAUCCAAGUGAGUACGUGCGGCGUGUAGGAAGAACUGCCAGGGGCGCUGGUGGAGUGGGCAAGGCAUUCAUCUUUGUCGUUGGCAAGCAAGUCUCUCUUGCGCGAAGAAUAAUGGACAGGAACCAAAAAGGUCACCCAGUGCAUGAUGUACCAGCUGCGUACGAGCUUUUGUAUUAAUACCCCCACUGAUCUGAUUGUAGAAUUGAUGAGUAAAGAAUUGCCAAAGAGCCGACAGAUAGUGUCUCUUUCUUUCUGAACCUCAUACAAUCUUUUUGUAAGCCGACUCUAAAUGAAGCAUAGUGCAAGGCUGGUCUUGGGAAAUAUUUACUUCUUAUAUGA